AUGGCUGAACCGUCAAGUCCACACAACGUGGAGGGUGAAAACCCUGAACAGCCGGUAGUGGUGGAGGAAGAAGAAGAGGGAGCCGCCGGUGGUGGUUUACCGGCGUUAAAGUGGACCAGGAAGAGCUUUGAUCGUCUAAUGCUUGACGUUCAAAUGCCCUCUGAAUAUGGGGCAGUCUACCCAUCGGAAGGUGACACCGGUGCCGACGCUCCGGCCGGUUACGUGACCAUGUGGGCAGACUUUUUUGGUGACUGCAAUCUCCGGUUACCUUUGACCGUUUUUGUUGUCGAGGUUUUGGAGUGGUACAAGGUCCACAUUUCUCAAAUGAGUCCGUUUGGUAUGAUCCGGAUUCGAAAUUUCGAAUUUACAUUUCGUGCUCUUGGUAUAGAGCCUACCGUUGGAGAUUUCCGACGGUUUUAUCAACUGACGGUGUCCUUGGGGUUCUUUUCUUUCCGUCAGCGAGAGGGUAGUCCCAAGCUGAUGACUCCUCCCAAGGGGUUGACGAUGUGGAAGAAGAAGUUCUUUUACAUCAAGGCUGCUGCCAUUGUUGCAAAGAUGACGUUUCGGAACGUGACCGAGACGAUCAUAGCAGAGACCAUUGGGGUCCCUAGUGUGAAGACGGUGGAGUGGUUUCCGCAGUUGCAAACCAUUGAGUCUGUGAAGUUGACCAACACCCAGUUGUGGGUGUUGCGCAUGAUGUUGACAAGGAGGAACAAGAAGUCGAAGCCCGUGGUGCGGGAGAAAAGUGGUGGUACGUACUUUUCAUUUGUUUAACUUUCUUAUCCUUGUAUGCGUUACUGACUUGUGCGUUUGUUAUCAGAGGACGCUCCCGUAUGGAGGAUGUUUGCCCCGGAUUUCCAGGGUCAGGUGGAAAAAGUUGUUUGUGCGGAUGGCGAGGAGGAGUUUAAUGUUAUCAUUCGAGAUAACUUCCGGGUGCCUACUGAAGCCGCAUUAGCAGUUGAGUUGCCGCGGGGCAAAGGUGAUCUUGGGGCCUUAGGGG